AUGGGUGCCUGGGCCAUACAGACGCAGUUGGACCAACGGGAGUGGGAGUUGACGAAGCCCUUGGAGCAGAACGUGGACUUGGACUGGCUGGACUUCCGCUGGCGCGAGAUGUCCCGGGCGGUCUCCCUGAGGUGGGUCGACGUCCCCGCUUGCCUCCGCGCUCUGACCCUCCUUGGAGUACUCAUUCAGGCACACUGUGAUGGUGGGGCAGGUGUUCUACUGGAGGUCGUCCUUGUGUGCUUCUCCCAGAUUGGCCUCAUCGCUAACCCGCGUUUCCACACCGUCAGCUCCGCCUCAGGUUUUGGGGAGUUCGAGGUCACGGACGACAUAGACUCCUUGGAGUGGUGGGUGGACGGCCAAUCAGGCUGGGCCUUUUACUUCGCUUUGUCCUGGUGGCUGAAGCAGAAGCGAGCAAAGCCCUUCUCGGAUAUGGCGAAGCGACUGGAGACGAUCGAGGUCAGGUGGAAGGAGAUGCGACGUGCACUUGCCGCGGAGCUUUCUGCUCAUGGCGCUUGCAGGGACAACUGGGAGGCUUUGAGGCAAGCGAACGAGACGGCCCAAGAGAUGCUGAGAGAAGCACGCGUGAUGGCCACCGAGUAG